AUGGUGGCUCUAUUGAAAAUACAAAUUUUAUCAAUUAUAGUCACAUCAUUGACAAAUCUUAUUGCUAUUUUAACAUUUGCAACUGAUUAUUGGUCAAUACUUGUUUAUGAUUUAGUUAAAUUGCGUCCAUACGCAAAAUGGAUCAUCGUUGAAGACCAAAAAAGUGGCAAAAUUCACAGAAUCAAUAACACGAAUGAAACGAAAUUAUUAUCAAAUUUUAAUUAUAAUCAAUUAACAACUGUUGUAGGAAUGGAAAAUGAUCUUUUAUUGUUUUCUACACAUAAAGGUUUAUUUCGUCAAUGCAACUAUUUAUCAAGUAACGUACGAGCGCGUUUACAAUUACCAAAAUGUCGAGCAGUAAAAACGACGGACACACAAUAUGAUGGUCAUUUUUAUGGAAUGACUAGUCCUCGAUAUGAACUCAUACGUUUAUAUAAUGUAGCAGCAUCUUGCACGAUAUUAAUCAUUCUUCUUCUUGGCUGUAAUACAUUUAUUGGGAUAUCUGUAGGCAUUCUGAAUAAUGUGGUUUUAGCUACGAUGACUGUCGGAAUAAUUUAUCUUAUUGCAGCACUAUUCAGCAUGUUUGUGGUAGUUACCAUGCAUACCAUAUUAAUCAGUGAACGUAAACUAUCUUAUUGUACAGUAUUACAAAUAUUAGACGAUGAUUUAUGUUCAUCGCAUUCAAUUAACGCAUCAUAUUCAUUUACAUUUGGUUAUUUACAGAUAAUAUUUUGCUUCAUCACAUCUGUAUUAUGGCUGUUCUUACAAAAAAAACAACGAAAAUUCGCGCAACAUUGA